AGCGCGUCAUCUGGUGGAGCAGGAAGUGCAGGCAGAGUCCGGAGGCUCGUGCUUUCUGCGCGUCCCCAGCACUUUGCCAUGGGCUGGGGGCCGCGGAGGCUGCGAGCGGCCGGCCCAGGGCAGCGGCGGCAGCGCCUGCAGCGCGGCUGAGGGAGCAGCGUCGCGCGGGGCGCCCGAGAUGGCAGCGUCCAGCAACUCCAGCCUGUCCGGUUCUUCGGUGUCCUCCGAUGCUGAGGAAUACCAGCCGCCAAUAUGGAAAUCUUACUUGUAUCAGCUACAGCAAGAGGCACCGCGUCCCAAGAGGAUCAUUUGUCCUCGGGAGGUGGAAAACAGACCAAAAUAUUAUGGAAGAGAGUUUCACGGGAUUAUAUCCCGGGAGCAGGCUGAUGAGCUCCUGGGGGGCGUGGAAGGCGCCUACAUCCUGCGUGAGAGCCAGCGGCAGCCAGGAUGCUACACUCUGGCACUACGGUUUGGAAACCAGACCUUGAACUACCGGCUCUUCCACGAUGGCAAGCACUUCGUGGGGGAGAAGAGGUUUGAGUCCAUUCACGACCUGGUGACGGAUGGCUUGAUAACGCUGUACAUAGAAACGAAAGCUGCCGAGUACAUCUCCAAGAUGACCACGAACCCCAUCUACGAGCACAUUGGCUACGCCACUCUGCUCCGAGAAAAAGUCUCCAGGCGGCUGAGCAGGUCUAAAAACGAAUCCAGGAAGACGAGCGUCAGCAACGAAGGGCACUCGGGAGUGGAGAAGAUCUCCUCCCUGGUCCGAAGGGCCGCCCUCACACACAGUGACAACCACUUCAACUAUGAGAAGACGCACAACUUUAAGGUGCACACAUUCCGAGGCCCACACUGGUGUGAAUACUGUGCCAACUUCAUGUGGGGACUCAUUGCCCAGGGGGUCCGAUGCUCAGACUGCGGGCUGAAUGUGCACAAGCAGUGCUCCAAGCAUGUGCCCAACGACUGCCAACCUGACCUCAAGAGGAUCAAGAAGGUGUACUGCUGUGACCUCACCACCCUCGUGAAGGCUCACAAUGCCCAGAGGCCCAUGGUGGUGGACAUGUGCAUCCGGGAGAUUGAAGCGAGAGGAUUAAAGUCAGAAGGACUGUACAGAGUCUCCGGGUUCACUGAGCACAUCGAAGAUGUCAAAAUGGCAUUUGACAGAGAUGGAGAAAAAGCAGAUAUUUCUGCCAACAUAUACCCAGACAUCAACAUCAUCACUGGAGCUCUUAAACUGUACUUCAGAGACCUGCCCAUCCCUGUCAUCACAUACGACACCUAUUCCAAAUUCAUAGAGGCAGCCAAAAUCUCCAAUGCAGACGAGAGGCUGGAGGCUGUCCAUGAAGUGCUGAUGCUGCUGCCUCCCGCCCACUAUGAGACCCUGCGAUACCUGAUGAUCCAUCUCAAAAAGGUUACCAUGAAUGAGAAGGACAAUUUCAUGAAUGCCGAAAAUCUGGGGAUCGUGUUUGGGCCCACCCUGAUGAGGCCCCCGGAGGACAGCACCCUCACCACCCUGCAUGACAUGCGGUACCAAAAGCUGAUUGUGCAGAUUUUGAUAGAAAAUGAAGAUGUUUUGUUCUAAGCCAUCGGAGACAUGAGCUCCAGGGCCCCCCGGUCCCAUCUAAGUUGAUUCAGCUAAAGGAAUAAAAACAUUGCUUGCGCUUGGUUUGUUUUUCAAGCAAGUGAGAGAAUCCCCUGGACCGCUGUGGAUCACGGAGUCAGAUGCUGUGUCUCAUAGACACGCCGUCCUCCACGUGAGAACAUGGGUGAGAGCAAGAACAGGCUGUCACCCUGGGUCUUUCGCCGUGCCUCGUAUGUAUAUCUAUUCUGCUGGAAGAGCGAUUAAUAAAUCUUUCUUUAACUUAUUAAAAAAAA